AUGGGAGAAGUAAUCAACGAUAAGACUGAUCUAUUGGACACUUUUCUCAAACUAGAGGAGCUUGAUACGGAUUUGUAUCGAUCAACUCACCAGCUUCGAGGAAGGAAAGCGCACAACAGAGUUUAUGGAGGACAGGUUGUGGGGCAAGCUCUGAUGGCUGCAAAUAGAACAGUCGAUAAAGGAUUAUUCGCUCAUUCUUUGCAUUGCUAUUUCAUUCAACAAGCGGAUGCGGAGAGACCGCUAGUGUAUGAAGUUUCUAGAGUGCGAGAUGGGAGAUCAUUCUCCACUAGGCUCGUGAAAGCUCGACAAAAUGGACAAACAGUUUGUACAUGUUCUGUUUCGUAUCAGAAAAUGGAAGAAGAUUCUAUUUCUCACCAGCAACAGAUACCCAGUGUUCCACCGCCUGAAGAUUGUGAGGACUCUAAGGAUUUCAUGAAUCGGUUGAUAAACAAUCCGGCAACUGUCUCCGAGCAAGGGAAACGUGCUGUAGCUGCUUAUCAGCAAAUAUUAGAUAUUCCAAAGACUUUUCAAGUUCGUCUCAUAACACCGCAGAAGUAUGUGCAAGUUCCUCUGAAUCAACCGAUGAAGUUCGCAUGCUGGGUUAAAAAUAAUACAGAAAUCGGAGAUGAUGAACAACUACAUCAUUGUGUUGCUGCUUUCAUUAGUGAUGUAGCCCCGGUGGGAACACCUAUAGCUGCUCAUGCUGCAGCUGGUUUCAAAUUAGGGAUGGCUGCUUCAUUGGAUCAUACUAUGUGGUUUCAUAGGCCAGAUUUCAAAAUAGACAACGACUGGGUAUUGUACGAAACUGAAUCGACAAUAGCGGCAGGAGGGAGAGCCCUAAUUCAUGGGAAAAUGUGGACUCGCGAUGGUCGCUUAGUACUUUCAACUGCGCAAGAAAUUCUCGUAAGAGGUCAGAAGAAGGAUAAAUGA